AGCUGAUCUACCUUAUGACAUAUAUAUAUUUUCUAAAAUAUCAUAUCUACAAAAAAAAUCUGCUUCAGUAUUCUGCAAGAUCAUUGUUAAGUGGAGGCACACAAUAGAGCAAAGCAAUACAAAAUGUUUUUUUCCUGGAAAGUGAUUUUAUGCUGCACAGCAGUAUAUGUUUUUUUAGCAGUGCAGUGCAAUGCAGAUUGCUAUGGUUCAAAGCCUUCUCUUGAUAUUAAUGAUUUAACUCUUAUUAAAGAAUGCAGAGAUGUGGAUGGCAAAGUCCAUAACGAUGGAGAAAAGUGGACUCAUGAUUGCUACCUGUGUGAAUGCCUUAAUGGAAAUAUGAGAUGCUGCAGCAGUUUUAUGACACCAUCUGCAUAUGAUACGGAAUUGUGUAAAAAACUCUUCCAUAGGGAAACCUGCACAUACGAAGUUGUGAAGAAGGACAACCCAUCGGAAGUAUGUGUAGUGGAUGCAUAUGUUUAAACACAAGUGGAAACCAUACUACGCAUUUAUGUUCCACAAUGCAAACACUUCAAAAUACAAAUGCUAAAAAUGUAUUUUA